CAACAACCGCCUUACGCCGCAUACAGCUAUCCUCCUCCACCGUCACACCACCACCAAUUCCAGCGCGACACUCAGCAACUCUUCCAGCGCGACGCCCAGACCAUCACCCCGGAGGCUCUCGAGAGCGUGAAGGCCGCCAUAGCCAGCAGCGACGUCGACCACAAGACCGACGCGAAGCGGAAGGCAGUUCCCCGCCGUGCCGCUGGGCAGACGUGGGAGGAUCCCUCGCUGGCCGAGUGGCCGGAGAACGACCAUCGCUUGUUCUGCGGCGAUCUAGGGAACGAGGUGAACGACGACGUUUUGUCGAAGACGUUCACAAGAUUCCCUUCGUUUAACAUGGCGAGAGUUGUGAGGGACAAGCGAUCAGGGAAGACCAAAGGGUACGGAUUCGUGAGCUUUGCGGACCCUUCGGACCUCGCUGUGGCUCUGAAGGAGAUGAACGGGAAGUACGUUGGGAACAGGCCAAUCAAGCUAUGCAAGAGCAAGUGGAAGGAGAGGACCGAUUAUGAUGCUGUUGAUAAGCAGAAGAAGCACUCCAAGAAGAAGUUGAAGUCUUCCUCCAAGGUUGGCGUGUUGCAUUACUAAUUAAGGUAGACGUCGAAAAGAAAAAGAAAAAGUGCUUGCAUUGAAAUCUAAUUUGAACUACUUGAUGUAGCUAUAUAUGUGAGUUGUUUUAGUUUAUGAAGGUUUUGAAAAUGACUCAUAUGUUGUCAAUGUUAAAUCCAUGUAAGUUGCUGAUGCGACCAAAUUGAACAACUUAGUUACCCACCUCAAGGUUCUGUGAACGUAAGAACCGUUGAGGCUCUGUUUUUUAUAACAAGAAUUUAUGAAAGAAA